UGUGACAUCACGGGCGCCCAGCAGGAGGUGCCCCGUCCCCCGGCGCCGGGCCAACAGACCCACCAUGAGCGGCCCCCCGCCCCGGCUCUGCCCACCAUGCGGACGCUGAGAUGGCUCCUGUUCCUCCCCCUCUGCCUCUCCUGCGGCUGGGCCUUCAUGUUCUCGUCGCUGAGGGACAUAGCCAAAGAACCCCAGGGGAAGGCGCCCUGCGGAGGGCACUUCCGGAUCAGACAGAACCUUCCAGAGCAUGCCCAAGGCUGGCUUGGGAGCAAAUGGCUCUGGCUUUUUUUCGUUGUUGUGCUGUAUGUGAUACUGAAGUUUCGAGGAGAUAGUGAGAAGAGUAAGGAGCAGAAUAUUACCAGCCUUCGAGGCUGUCAAUUUCGCUCGCCAUUAAAGAAAAGUCAAAAUGCUUCCCCCACCAAAGACCACGCAUUCAACACGCUAACCCAGCUCGAGAUGGACCUGGUGAAGUUCUUGUCCAGGGUGCGGAACCUGAAAGUCACCAUGGCAACUGGAAGCCCCCCCAAGCUGCAAAACCUAGAGAUGCCCCAGGACCCCCACAAUAACAUCACCAUCUACGAGAUCUGGGGGGAAGAGGAGUCCGAGUGAGUGGAUUUGGGCGUCAAAAGUAGGAGAGAAGA